CACCUUUUGCCGAAGCAACUACUUUACUUGGAGGUAGUACUUAUUCUACUAUAAGCUUUAUGUUACCAGCAAUUAAAGUUUUAUUACAAAAUUGUAAACCUAAAGCAAGUGAUUAUGAGAAUUAUCAAAUUGAAUCUGAAUCUAAUAAUAUAAAUUUUGAUGAUAUUACUACAAUAUUUGAUGAAGAAGAAAUUAUUGUAGAUUAUGAUUAUGAUAAUGAAAUCGAAAUUACUAUAGAUACUAAGGAAAUAAAUAUAAAUGA